AUGGAGACCAUGAGCGAGGACGGCUGCACCUUGGCUCACAUCAGCCUCCUCCACGACCUCCACCUCGCCGACGUCCCGGCCGGCGCCCCGCUGCCUCAGUGCCACGCCUGCAGACUCGACUGCACCCCGACGGCCGCGUGCGGGUACGCCCUGCACCCGUCGUGCGCCCGCAUGGGGCGGACGAUGCGGCACCCGGCGCACCCCGAGCGCCCGCAUCACUGCCAAUUCGACCUCCACCUCCCGUGCGCCGCGCUGCCGGACGCGGUCACCUCUCGCGUGCACCCGCACCCGCUCAGGCUCGCCUACGAGAACGUGCACGAGGGCAGGAAGGGCGUAGUGGUCAUCUGCACUUGCGACACCUUCGCCGCCCACGUCGGCUGCGCCGUGCCGGACGCGGCGGUGAAGGAUAUAUACCGGAGGAUUGACAUGCAGAAAGUGCGAGCGGAACUCGAGGCGAGCAAGACGGCGGCGCAGCUGCAGCAGUACCAGCGGACGGCGGUGCUGCUGCAGCAGUACUAG